AUGGCUAAAGAAAAUCAUACUGUAAAACAUGAGUUUAUCCUCACAGGAUUUACAGACUACCCAGAGCUGAAGACCCUUCUGUUUGUGGUGUUCUUUGCCAUGCAUCUGAUCACCAUGGUGGGGAUUCUUGGCCUGGUGAUACUGAUUUCAAAAGAGCAUCAUCUUUGCACACCAAUGUACAUCUUUCUGGGCAACCUCACUCUCGUGGAUUCUUGCUGUACCUGUGCCAUUACUCCUAAGAUGUUAAGGAACUUCUUUUCUGAAAACAGAACGGUUUCCCUCUAUGAAUGCAUGGCACAGUUUUAUUUUCUUUGCACUGUUGAAACUGCAGACUGCUUUCUUCUGGUGGUAAUGGCCUAUGAUCACUAUGUGGCCAUAUGCAGCCCUCUGCAGUACGAUACCAGGAUGUCAAAGGAACUCUGCAUUCAGACGACCACAGGGGCCUACAUAGCUGGAAACCUGCAUUCUAUGAUUCAUAUAGGGCUUCUAUUUAGGUUAGUUUUCUGUGGAUAACACUUUUAUUGUGAUAUUCUUCCUUUAUAUAGGCUCUCCUGUGUUGACCCUUACGUCAAUGAACUGGUACUGUUUAUCUUUUCAGGCUCAAUUCAAGUCUUCACAAUAGGUAGUGUCUUAAUAUCUUAUCUCUACAUUCUCUUUACUAUUUUCAAAAUGAAAUCCAAAGAGGGAAGGGUCAAAGCCUUUUCUAGCUGUGCAUCCCACUUUUUGUCAGUUUCAUUAUUUUAUGGAUCUCUUUUCAUGUACAUUAGACCAAAUUUGCUUGAAGAAUGGGAUAAAGAUAUACCAGCUGCUAUUGUGUUUACAGAAGUAGUUCCUUUACUAAACCCUUUUAUUUGUAGCCUAAGAAAUAAGGAAGUAAUAACUGUUUUGAGGAAAAUUCUGAAGAAAAAAAUUUGA